UCGCCCUAUAGGCAUCUUAGUAGCCUGUGCUUACCAAUCAAUUGGUACAGUCAAAACAGAGCUGCAGCCUGCGUUAGAGUGGAGACCUUCAGUCUCGCCUUAUUUCUGGAUAUUGGGGGAUCUCUCUACCAUGUCAUAUCCACAAUUUGGAUAUCCCUAUUCGUCUGCUCCACAAUUCCUGAUGACAACCAACUCUCUGACCACUUGCUGCGAGUCAACCGGCAGAUCCAUAGCCGACUCUGGAGUCGCGACGUCCGGGCAGACACCAGUCUACUGCCCCGUUUACGAGAGCCGGCUGCUGGCCACAGCGAGGCAUGAACUCAGCUCAGCCGCCGCGCUGGGGGUGUACGGGAGCCCCUACACCGGCGGCCAAGGCUAUGGGAAUUACGUUACAUACGGCACGGACGCCUCGGCUUUCUACUCGCUGGGUACAUUUGACACUAAAGAUGCCACAGCUUCUGCGCAUGCGGGGAUAACCCAGGCAACAGCAUACUACCCUUAUGAUCCUACCCUGGGGCAGUACCAAUACGACAGAUAUGGUUCAAUGGAUGGGGGAACAAGACGGAAGAACGCCACACGUGAGACAACCAGCACACUGAAGGCCUGGCUGCAGGAGCACAGGAAGAACCCAUACCCAACUAAAGGCGAGAAGAUCAUGCUGGCUAUCAUCACCAAGAUGACCCUGACGCAGGUUUCCACAUGGUUUGCUAAUGCCAGGCGAAGGCUCAAGAAAGAGAACAAGAUGACAUGGCCGCCCAGAAACAAGGGCUCAGAGGAGAAGAGAUAUGAUGAGGAUGAGGAUGGGUCUCAGGAAGAGCAGAUAAAGAGUGAGAACAAUGAAGAUGAGAACAGAAGUGGGGCUGAUAAGGAUCUCCAGCUGAGCGACUUGGACGAUUUCGAUACGCUGGAGUCUGAGAACUCCGAGUGUGAGCUGAAGCAUCGAUACCACAUGAACGCGCACAUGUCAACAACAGCCGACUGCCCCACCGAACACCUCAUCAAGGACGCGUCUCUGAAGAUCUCCAUCCCCGGGGAGCAGGACUUGAGCAAAGGUUGUCUCAAAACGAACCCGGAUGACUUCCAGCCGAGCAACAGACCGCAGACAAAGGCGUGCUAUAACCAGCAGCAGCAGCAGCAUCAGCAGCAAGGGCACCAGAUAUUAGACGGCAAACCCCGGAUCUGGUCUUUGGCCCAGACAGCGACGUCUGUGAACCAGACUGAGUACCCGUCCUGUAUGCUGAGGUGCCAGCCGCCCCCCUCCUCCCUCACCCCGUCCCCCGCUGCUACCUCACCCCUGACAGGCCUAGACAACAGACAGGACUCCCCAGUCACGACCCUGAGAAACUGGGUGGACGGGGUUUUCCACGACCCUUUGUUCAGGCACAGCACUUUGAGCCAGGCUCUGACCAACACCACCGUCUCUUGGACCACAAACACCAAAGGCCCCAUUCUGGAGGCUGGCAGGAGCGUGGCGGCCUUGCAGCAGCAUCAAGACUCCUCCAAAGACAGUGCCAUGAGUUUCCCAAAAACUAUCAACAAACUUUUCUGCUCCUAACAAAACCAAAUGACCAUUUUAUUACAAAAAGAGAGACUUUUUGUGGCUGACUGAAAGUCGGAUGGAAAACCCUGUUACGCCCCUAUGUCCCCCCAUUAUGUUUUAUUCGUUUUUAAAGCAAUGGUAGCUAUAUACUGUUACACUGGCGUUACACGAGCGAAAUAUCCGGAUCCGUUUGGCUUAUUUUAUUCAACGCACGCACACAAUUUAUUGAAGCGUAGGUUAUAACUACAAGUUUACAUCUUGGGGGGGGGAGGCCUAAGGUUUACAUGAUGCUUAUUUUAAUUGUUUUAUUUACUAUGCGCAUGCAAAUGUAAUUGAAUAUUAUUUAGGUCGCAGCAGUUGAGUAUCACUGUUUCAAAAAAGUCUCACAAA